AUGACUCGGAAUAAUAGUAAACACCCUAGGGAAACCGAGAUCGUACAGAGACCGCAGAAGCCGCAGAUCUCUUUGAACUAUAACUACAACAACAAUCGUGUUGUUCAUGAUGAGGCCCCAAAACAUAACUUAGUGUCAACUGGUCUGAGACUAUCUUAUUCUUAUGGCAAUGAUGAGAGAAACUCUUCUGUAAAUUCUGCAAAUGGAAGCAUCACAACUCCUAUGUUUCAGUCACUCGGUGACAGUAUCAGAUUGGACUUUAAUAGACAGAAAAACGAGCUUGAUCAGUAUAUCAAAUUCAGGGAUGUGUGGAAGAAGCUUCAAGAGAAAGACCAAGAGAUUCAAAAUAUGAACAAGAAAAACCGAGAACUCGCAGAGAAGAUAAAAUAA